UCAUUCCUAGCCCUCGAGGGAUUGCACGCCUUUGUGACGGGAGCACAGGGAGGAAUCGGUCAAGCGAUCGUCAAAGAACUCCUCGCCGCCGGCUGCAGAGUGACCGCCCACGACCUCCGCCCGGCGACCGCCACGGACGACAACCCCAACAUCUUCACGGUCAGCGGCGACAUCUCCUCGGAGGAGUCCAUCAGCAGCGCCAUGAGCUCGGCCGUGUCCCGCUUCGGCCCGAUCAACAUCCUCUGCGCCAACGCCGGCAUCACCAACGAGCAGAACCACCCCAACAUCUGGGAACUGCCCCUCGAGACCUGGGAGGACGUCUACCGCGUGAACGUCCGCGGCACCUUCCUCACCAUCAAACACUUCCUCCUGGCGGCCAUCGCCUCCCAGGGGGGUCUCUCCCACGACCCCGAUCAGAAGGAUGCUGAAGUCACGGAACUCCCCAACCUCGCCAUCGUCGUGACCGGCAGCGAAUGCGGCAAGUUCGGGCAGGCCGGGCACGCCGAAUACGCGUCGGGCAAGGCCGGGCUGCAGUACGGGCUGGUGCCGACGGUGAAGAACGAGAUCGUGCGGGUCAACCGCCUCGCGAGGAUCAACGCGGUGGCGCCCGGGUGGGUAAACACGGCGCUGAUCGGGGACCGGCUGGACGACCCGCGGGAGCUGUACCUCGAGGCCCAGGGCACC